GUUUGGCCUUCCCGGCCGCCGCCGCCGCAACAUGGCGGCCCCCAGGGAGCGGCCAGGGCCGCGGUCCGCGCCGAGCCUCCGAGGCCUCCCCGGCACGGACCGCGCUGCAGAAUUCGGGAGAUGGAAGGCGCAGUGUCUGGGCCGAGCGGACCUCAGCCGGAAGGGCAGCGUGGACGAGGGUGCGGCGGGACUCGUGCAGCUGCUGAACGGGCGCGAGCAGUACUUCACCACCAGCUCCUGCGCCGGGCGCAUCGUCCUCCUGGACGGGAGACACAGAGAGAGGGAGAGAGAGGCAGAGACACAGGCAGAGGGAGAAGCAAGCUCCAUGCAGAGAGCCCGACGUGGGACUCUAUCAGGCCCCGGGCUGCAGGGUAUAAAUGGUUUUGAAGUUCAAAAGCAAAACUGUUGCUGGCUACUGGUUACACACAAACCUUGCGUAAAGGAUGACGUGAUUGCGGCUCUGAAGAAAGCAAAUGGAGAUGCCAUUUUGAAAUUUGAACCACUUGUUCUUCAUGUGCAGUGUCGACAGUUGCAGGAUGCACAGAUUCUGCAUUCAGUGGCAGUAGAUUCUGGUUUCAGGAACUCUGGCAUAACCGUGGGAAAGAGAGGAAAGACUAUGUUGGCUGUCCGGAGCACCCAUGGCUUAGAAGUUCCAUUAAGCCAUAAGGGAAAACUGAUGGUGACCGAGGAAUAUAUCGACUUCCUGUUAAAGGUAGCAAAUCAAAAGAUGGAGGAAAACAAGAAGAGGAUUGAAAGGUUUUACAACUGCCUACAACAUGCUUUGGAAAAAGAAACUAUUACUAACUCACAUGCAAACGAGAAAAUCAAAGAUAAAAAUAAUUCAUCAUAUACUCAUAAGAAGAAGAGAAACACAGAAGCAGCAUGUGGCAAAUGUAUUACUGAAGAAAACGCUAAAGAAUGUGAAAAUGAUGAUGACCCAGGAAUGAGUGUUACCAUCUUCCCUGAAGAUUACUAAGAUUCGGUCUUGGUAGAAUAAUGUGUCUAAUAGACAUUACAGAGCUGCUCUUUAUAAGAGUACUUUAGUUUCUUGAGUGUAUGAGCCACUCAGAAAACCAAGAUUUCUUCUCUCUGUAUAUUUUAGAGAAAUCCUGAACUUUUAAAAGUGACUGUAUAAUAUUUGCUCAUUAGAUACCAUCUGUUUUAGUCACAUAGAGAUUCAUUGCAAAAAUAAAAUGGACUUCUUAAUGCC